AUGUACAGGUUCAACUUAUCCGCACCGGGUACGGUGUUUUUAUGCGAAGAACCCAACAGACGUAACAAAACUUGUAUCGCAGCCAGCUUAGACAUGCGUACCACAAUCACGUUCUCUUCGCUUCCUCCAGCAGCAGUUCGAAGAGAUUUUAUCGAAAUAGAUUUCCCCAGUAUCCAGUUACACGUGAAAAUAUCUUUACGCCAAUUUUUCAUACACUUCUUUGGCGAAAAUUUAUACGAUUACACAUUUUCUCGUGUUACGUUGCAUGAAAUAGUAAAAAAUUUUAUCACUUCCAUGACGGACUAUGAUGGCAUAUACGAACCUAGCAACCAGGCUCAUCAAUUAAGUUUACAAGCAUUCUUUUUCCUUCUCAUCCUUAUAAACUUUAAAGAAAAUAUCAACAUAUUAUCAUCUUUUAUUGUGAAAUUAUCGACGGAAUUGCCGAUCGGUGAGAAUCUGGGCAGUUCGGCAUCGUUAUGUGCGGUAUGUCUCGCGGCGUGUUUUUGGCGUUGGUCCCUUCUGCAGAAAGGGAUUGUCCUCUACGAAUUUGGCAAACAAGAUCUCCUGAAGAUCUCGAAUUAUGCUCAGGAUUGUGAUUCUGUUAUAUACAAUUCCUCGACUAAGAUCGGUACCAUAAUAUCCACAUACGGCAUGAUAAAAAUAUUCGACGGAGGGGUAAUAAGUACGCCGAGAUCAAAGUUUUUUUCUAAUUUGCCAGACAUGAAAAUCCUGUUAGUCUUCUCGAAUGUUAGUCAGACAACAAAAAUCGAGUUGCUAAGCGAAAAGAGUAUGAAAAUUCAAGCGUUGGAGAAUCCAUCUUUGUUAAUCGAUUUCAUCCUAAAGUAUCGAAGUAAUAUCAGUAUUAAGUUUAUUCACAUGCUUGAUAUUAUUGACAAAAAAACAUAUAAUUGUUUAAAAGGGAAUAAUGACAGUCAAUCUAUUAAUAUAAUAGAUAAUUAUAAAACAUUAUUGGAUAUUAUUCACAUGAAUCAAGGACUACUAAAAGCAUUAGGCAUGUCGCAUCCAAACUUGGACAUUAUUUGCGCAAUUGCUCGAAGUUUUUCACUCGCGGGGAAACUUGCGAGUAGAGGUGGAGGUGGAUAUGCUUUCAUUUUGUUAGCGGAUAGCACAGAUGAAAACAUCCAAGAUCUUAUCACGACAUUCGAGGCGCAUAAUUUCCCUACUAAGAUAGUCACUUUGAAUUGCAGCGGAAUAAGAGUUGAAUAA